CCUGAAUCUGCUGUCAAACACGGACGACCGCCGAUGUACCCCGCUGACGCCCUGCAUCACUGCCGCGAAACUACCCCGAACCAGAAACAGCCUGACAAAUGGCAUUCAGGAGGGCUUUGAAACAGACGGCAAUCAUAGGAGGUGGGACGGUAGCCACCAUUUACGGCCUCUCACAGCUUGUGGAGUACAGGAAAACACAGGCACGGUUGGCUCAUGUCGCUGCAGAAGCGGACCUGAAGGUCCCGUACGCGAGUGAGCUCCCAACGCGACAGGCUCAGCUAGCAUCCCUCAGAAACACACAAGAGUUUGACGUCCUGGUUGUCGGAGGUGGCGCCACGGGAGCAGGAUGUGCCUUAGAGGCUGUCACACGCAACCUGAAGACAGCCUUGGUGGAGAGAAGUGAUUUUUCCUCAGGAACGAGCAGCCGCAGCACCAAGCUGAUACACGGCGGCGUGCGCUACCUGCAGAAGGCCAUCAUGCAGUUAGACUACGAACAGUACAUGAUGGUAAAGGAGGCCCUCCGUGAACGUGCCAACCUGCUAGACAUUGCUCCUCAUCUUUCUGCGCCACUACCCAUAAUGCUCCCUGUUUACAAAUGGUGGCAGCUGCCUUACUACUGGGCUGGUAUCAAGAUGUACGACGUGGUGGCUGGCUCCCAGUGCCUGAAGAGCAGCUAUGUGCUGGGUAAGACCAAGGCGCUGGAGCUCUUCCCCAUGCUGAAGAAGGACAAGCUGGUGGGAGCCAUCGUCUACUACGACGGGCAGCACAACGAUGCCCGUAUGAACCUGGCCAUUGCCCUCACCGCGGCCCGCCACGGGGCCACCAUCAGCAACUACACCGAGGUGGUGCGUCUGCUGAAGACAGGCAACCCAGAGACAGGCGAGGAGAAGGUGGAUGGCGCACGCUGCAGGGACGUCAUUACAGGAGAGGAAUUUGACGUGAGGGCAAAGUGUGUGAUCAACGCCACUGGGCCCUUCACGGACUCCCUGAGGAAGAUGGACAACCAGAAAAUGGACAACAUCUGUCAGCCCAGCGCCGGCGUUCACAUCGUCAUCCCUGGUUACUACAGUCCUGACAACAUGGGUCUCUUGGACCCGGCCACCAGUGAUGGGCGGGUCAUCUUUUUCCUGCCCUGGGAGAAAAUGACCAUCGCCGGGACCACUGACUCGCCCACCAGCGUGACGGCUCACCCCAUCCCCCGAGAGGAGGACAUCAACUUCAUCCUGAGGGAGGUCCGCAACUACCUCAGUCCUGACGUUGAAGUGCGUCGUGGGGAUGUUCUUGCAGCGUGGAGUGGCAUCCGGCCCCUGGUGACUGACCCAAACUCAAAAGACACACAGUCCAUCUGCAGGAACCACAUCGUCAACAUCAGCGACAGCGGUCUCGUCACAAUUGCAGGUGGGAAGUGGACCACCUAUCGGUCCAUGGCUGAGGAGACACUGGACGCUGCCAUCAAAGCCCACGGCCUCACAGCAGGACCCAGUAAGACUGUGGGUCUAAAGCUGGAAGGAGGCAAAGACUGGACUCCCACCCUUUACAUCCGCCUGGUCCAGGACUACGGCCUGGAAAAUGAGGUCGCCCAGCAUUUGGCUUCCACGUACGGAGGAAAGGCAUUCGAUGUGGCCAAGAUGGCACGGGUGACUGGGAAGAGAUGGCCGAUAGUUGGAAAGAGGCUGGUGUCAGAGUUCCCUUACAUCGAGAGCGAGGUGCAGUACGCCAUCAAGGAGUACGCCUGCACUGCCAUCGACAUCAUUGCGCGGCGUACCCGUCUGGGCUUCCUGAACGUGCAGGCGGCUGACGAGGCCCUGCCGCGCAUCGUGGAGAUCAUGGGAAACCAGCUGGGCUGGAGCCAGGAGAGAAGGACGGCAGAGCUAGAAGCGGCAAAGAAGUUCCUCUAUCUGGAGAUGGGCUACAGGUCACGCUCUGAACAGCUGACCAAGAUGUCUGAGAUCACGCUGGACUACCAGGAAGUGGUCAGGUACAAGAAGCGCUUCCACAAGUUUGACAAAGAGCGUAAAGGCUUCAUCACCACAGUGGACGUCCAGUGUGUCCUGAACAACAUCAAUGUGCAGAUUGACGAGAACACGCUCCAUGAAAUUCUCAACGAGGUGGACCUCAACAAGAAUGGACAGGUGGAAAUCGACGAGUUCCUACAGCUAAUGAGUGCCGUGAAGAAGGGUCAGGUGUCAGACAGCCGCCUUGCCAUCCUCAUGAAGACGGCCGAGGAGAGUCUGGACAUGAGGGGCCCUGUGACGGUGGACCGCAGCGGGGGUGGUAUCUGAGCCCCUAACCCCCCCCCCUCCACACACACACACACACACACACACACACCCAGGUGAGGUUUUCAGGGAGAACAAAACCAAGCAGACCCUCACCAAAGAUGCAGCUCUGGUUUGUCCUCAGAAGGAGAUCAAAAUACAGACGUGGCAUGAAAACUAAAUCAUUUGAGUGACAACGCAAUCAGGGACACUGCCCGCUUCAAUCCAAAUCAAAUGUAGACCAUGUGAUCAUGACAUGAUGAUUAACGAAUUAACAAAUGAUAUGAUGGCGGUGUGGAAGUGACAAAAUGAGAGACUUAUUUAUCACAGAGUAAGGGUAUAGGUCCGUAUGUCUGUCUGUCUGCCUGUCUGUCUGUCUGUCUGUCUGCCUGUCUGUCUGUCUGUCAGUUUUAGCAACGUCCAAUUGAUUCUCCACAUCAACAGUCAGUGCCUCUGUUAUUCAGCACAGUGUACCUGAAUUAUACUGCCUUCAAAAUUGAGUUUUUUAUACUACAUAUCUGCUUCUUUGUUUCUCCAAAACUAUUUUAUACUUUUCUUACAUGAAUGAAUUAUUUACAUUAAUUGCUGAUUGUAAUGUAUACACAAUGAGCGCUGUCGACUACUUUCAGCCCAGUUUCUUUAUAACCAUGCAGCUAAUUCAGAAAGCAAUGGACCAGUGCAUUGUAUUGUACAUCCUCCUAGCAGGUUACAAGUACUAAUUAAUUAAGUACUACUGAAUAGAUAGUUGUUGAGCACUACACAUGUAUAUAGAGUGAUUCUAUAGGACAAGCACACAGAUGUUUCUGAAGUACUUUUCAUGCCAUCCAUUCUUAGCCUGCAAUCAUCUGUAACACAGGGCUAACCUCUAAAUCUAUCAUCUAUUCCCUAAUGUGGAAUGUAAUCGUUGGCUUUUUUAAUUUAAGUUCUGGAAAAUUAUUUUUCUAAACAUUUCUAAAGUCAACACAUAAUAAAUCACUACGAUACAUGCAGGGGUUACCCCAGACUACAUGCGGGGGUUACCCCAGAUUACAACAACCAUCAGCUUCAGAGGCUCAGUGUGACAUGAAGAGACUUCAAACCUGUCUGCCUGUCUGUCUGUCUGUCUGUCUGCCUGUCUGUCUGUCUGCCUGUGUUUCUAUUUGUGUGUCUGUUGCACUACCAGCAUUGGACGCGUGAUGCAGGUUUACACGAGGAGGUUUCAGCUUUAUCGUUACUGUUUUAGGAAAAUUAAUGCUUUUAAAUCUGUUUUAUCUGUCUGUGCGGAAAUAUUAAAAGAGGAAUAUUUAUUAUUUGAUGUCAGUCUGACUCCAGCUGUAUGUGGAGAACAAGGUCUGACUAAUUUUUCAUAUCUAUUUUUAAAUCCGUCAUUGUGGUCCAACAGCGUUUAUUGAUGGAUGUGAAAAAACACAUAGUAUUGUGAGUAAUUAAUGAUGGACGAUGCUUUUGGAGUUGGUGUGCUAACGUUAUGAACAAAACAUGAAGCUUUAUUUAUUUUUUAACGUCCAAAAUGUUUGGACAUAAAGUCAGACCAUUCUCAGGUGUGACAGAUGGAAACAGGUGCGGUCGUGGGAUCACAAGAGGAAGAAAGUAAAGAUUUGAUAUGAAACAUGAUAUAAUAACCUGCUUUUCUAUUGUGUCAGCAAAUGUGUUUAUUUGAAAAGGAAUGUGUUUGUUUUCUAUCUGUAGUUUUGUGUUUUAUGUUUAAUUAAGAAGUGAGAUUAAUGCGCACAUCCAAUUUUAUCACUGGGUCAAGAAAAUCGCCACAGAACUGAUUUAGGAGAAAUUUUCUGUUUACUUUUGACUAUUUCACCACUAUUUUAUCCUGUUUAAUACAUAUGUGUAGUUUAUAUAUCAUCUGUAGUGUGUCACGAGGAAAUGAAGCGGAGACUGAAUGUAUGAUGUAUGUGCCUUGUUUGGUAUAAAGACCACACGAGAUGUCUCCACUAGUCUGCACUCCACGUUUGAAGCAUGCAAAAAUAUUAUUAUUAUUAUUAUUAUUAUGUGAAGAACAGACUAUUAUAUAGAUGGAUAUCAGCUUUGAAAAAGGAAAGUUUUAUAUUGUAAAGCUGUCAUGUGUGUUGUGAAUGUGUCUGUAUGGUGAUGGCGGGGUUUAUAUAUAUUUACUGUGUUACGAUGUUUUAUGGACCUUCUGUCUCGUACAAACACUGGAAGUGAGCUGGACUGGAUGGGCUGGUGGUUGGAUGGGCUGGUGGCUGUAAGGUUGGAUGGGCUGGUGCUCACAUGGGCUGUGGGGACAAUGAGUUGACAUUGAGGACCCUUCAAACUGCCGAUGUGAAGAAUAGCUCGUGGGCAACGCGGCUGAAAUCCACAUGGUGAUAUUUGAUUGUCCUGUUUGGAUGAAAUUACAGCAUUAUCCCGGCUCAAAGAGAGUCAUGUUCCUGCUCCUUUUUGUCCCAGAAUAUUGUAAGACUACAGUGAGUCAGAGUUUAGGAGGGAAAAAACAACGCAAUUAUCUAAUUAAAUGUAUCUGGUUGCUUGUGAAUGA